AUGAAUGGCCUGCAAGACAAACAGCGAGGAAACUCUUUCUCCGUCAGCCUUCUCGUCAUCUCGCAUUUCGGUGGAAGCGGACACAAGCCGCGCUGGAUCGGUGGCGGACUGAUUGUGAUGGCACUGGGAGCGCUGGUGUUCGCCAUUCCGCAGUUUGCCGUCGGUCUCUACGCUCCAGGCAGCCUGGCGGAGAGCGUAUGCGAUGCCCGACGUAACGACACAGCGCCACCUGUCGACUGUUCUCGCGGCUCUCUGCUGUCCAGCUACGCGUACGUGUUCUACCUGGCGCAGUUCCUGCACGGCGUCGGAACUACUCCGAUAAUAGUGCUCGGCAUCACGCUCAUAGAUCAAAGCGUCGCCGCUAACAUCACCGCCCUCUAUCUCGGUAUAUAUUUCAUGAUGCAAGUGAUAGGACCAGCUAUUGGAUAUGUGAUCGGUGGCUUACUACUCGGCGUCUAUGGAGACGUGGGAAAGACUGACAUAUCAACGGUCACGCUGACGAAGAUUGACCCGCGGUGGUACGGCGCCUGGUGGAUCGGUCCUCUUAUUGGUGGAUCGCUCGCUCUCAUCUCCGCCAUGCCCAUACUCGCCUACCCCAGAGUGCUACCAGGAUCGCGCGAGCGGCGCGCACACGACGUCGUCGAGGUUCACGGCGCCGCCGACGACGAAGACGUCGCCACGACGACCGACGUCGGCGACGGCGUCACCGUGCGCGAUCUGCCGCGGAUGCUGCUCUCUCUGGCGACGAACCCAACGUACGUCUUCAUAGUGCUGUGUGAUGCCGUGGAGGCGUUCAUGGUUGGAGGCUUUGCGGCGUUCGCUCCCAAGUUCCUGGAGAAUCAAUUCAGCUGGAGUCCCCGCAAGGCGGCGCUCACCACCGGUGUUAUGGUGAUCGUUGCUGGAGCGACGGGCAUCGUUGCCGGGGGCUGGGUCGUCAAGCGCUGGAAACUCGGUAUCCGGGCCAUCCUCAAGCUAACGGCCGUCACCGUCGCCGUGUCGCUAGUCAGCGGAGUGGGGCUGGCCCUCAGGUGCCCCAACGCCGCAUUCGCAGGUGUCACAUUGCCCUACGGCGUCAACGACAAUAAGACCUGUAACAAUGUAUCAUGUAGCUUUGUGUUCUGUGUCAACAAGCAAUAUGAGCCGGUGCGUGCUGCCACCUACCGACACGCUCCGGAGCCAGCGGAGUCACCAGUGGAGAGCGUGUCUCCUGACAUCACCGCUUACAGUCCGCCUCCGCCUCCGCCUCCGCUUACAGUCAAGAACGCUAAAAUAACAUUCAACUUCUACGUUGUACUGGCAGACUUGGCGACAAGGCUAGGCGUCAAGUGA